AUGGAAAUGUCUCUUGUCCAUUACACUGAUAAUAACAGAAGUGGGGGGAGGCUUCUGGUGUACACUGUGUCCUGUAGGCCAAGCACCAUAAUAAACAAGCAUGUUUUGUUCUCAUGGCACCUGCAUUCAGGUUGUGCUUCUGCACAGGCUGAAUUGCUGCUCAUUAAAACUGUCUUCUCUUUUGUAGGCUUGGUUGGUUCAGCAUAUCAAAUUAUACAUUUCCCACCUGAGUCGACCUUGAGGGGUUUGCAGAUAGCAACCUCAAACACUGUCACGAUGGCUACAGUGGGAGCAGUAUUUGGAUUGACCACUUGCCUGUCUGCCCAUAUCCGGGAGGAUCCGGAGGAUGCCUUGAAUUAUUUGAUAGGAGGUUGUGCAUCUGGCAUAGCCUUGGGUGCAAGAACUCACAAGGUUGGCACGGGCGCCUCCGCAUGUGUGGUGCUAGGACUUACGGCUGCCCUUACAAAGAUAGGCAAGAGAGAAGGCUGGAAGCUAUCAGGACCCCCCGAAUAUUAAAUGUAGGUUGGCUCCUGCCUAUAAAAUGUUUUUCUAAUUUCUAUGUAAUGAGGUAUCCUGGAAUAAAAAAGAGAUUGCUGACUG